AUGUCUGAGGAUAUUGAAACCAACCAGGCGAGUCCUGAAAAAGAUAUUACGCUCAACGCAUUCAAAGUCAAGUUCGAGGACGACGAUCCAAAAAAUCCUAAGAACUACAGCUCUUCUCAUAAGGCAUUUCUCGUCAUCCAGAUGGCCAUGCUGGCCUUGGCCGGAUCACUUGGUUCAUCAAUUAUCUCACCAGCCGCAACCAGCAUUGCAGAAUAUACCCAUACAAUCUGCGAGGUCACGCCCUUAAUUGUGGCUCUUUUCGUUAUAAGGUGGGCAUUUGGCCCCAUGAUUUGGGCUCCAAUCAGCAAAGUCCACGGUCACCGGAUGGGCAUGUUGCCAGCAUCGCAGCGCAACAGCUAUUUUCUUACUCGUUUCUUUGGUGGUAUAUUUGCUUCCGCGCCUAUCAGUAAUGCCCCUGCGGCUCUGGGAGACAUCUUUGCACCGGCUACUCGUGGUCCUGUUAUUGGCUCUGCUUUAACGGCUGAUUCGCGGUUGGGAUGGCGUUGUAGGUUUACUGCUAUAAAACUAGAGAGAUGGAACCAUGGAAGUAUCGCUAACAAGGUAAAAACCAGGGACCGAAUAUACAGAGGGAAUUUUGGUAUUUAUUUUAUUUUUAAUGUGCUUUUUGCUUGCCCGAGACAUAUGCGCCUGUUCUGUUGUAAGAGAAAGCUCAACAUCUGCGCCGGAGCACUGGAGAUCAACGAUACUGGCAUCCUCACGAAAAGGAGAAGAUUGAAAUCAGUACCGUUGUGA